GCGCGGCGAGGAGCUGUCCAUCCCCUCCCGGGUGCUGCAACCUCGCUCCCUCCAACAUCUUCCCAGCGGCAGGCCGGGCUAUGGGGGGAACCGGCGCGGGUGAGCCCAGUACCGCUCCGCCCAGCUGCCCCGGGCUCGGCUCCGACCCUUCUUCCCCCUGAUCCCUCCUUCCCUCCCUCCCUCCCCCCGUUCCCGCUCGCACAAAGCCGUCGCGGCCAUGGAAGAGGAGCUGAAGUGCCCGGUGUGCGGCUCGCUGUUCCGGGAGCCCAUCAUCCUGCCCUGCUCGCACAAUGUCUGCCUGCCCUGCGCCCGCACCAUCGCCGUGCAGACCCCGGACACCGAGCAGCACCUGCCCCCCAUGCUGCAGCCCCGAGGACCUAUGCCAGGGGCAGCAGCUGCUGGGUCUGGGCCGGGGACAGGGCCAGCAGUGGGCUCUGUCCCUGCCUUUGACUAUGAGUGCGCAGCGGGUGGCAGUGGGGACCACGCGGACAAGCUAAGCCUGCACAGUGAGACUGACAGUGGCUACGGCUCCUACACCCCCAGCCUUAAGUCGCCCAAUGGGGUGCGGGUGCUGCCACUAGUGCCAGCCCCUCCAGGCUCUUCAGCGGCGGCUGCAGCGGUUGCUCCCAGGGGUGCUGCCACCAGCUCGUCCCUCACAUGCCCGCAGUGCCACCGCAGCGCCUCCCUGGACCAGCGCGGCCUCCGUGGCUUCCAGCGCAACCGGCUGCUGGAGGCCAUUGUGCAGCGCUACCAGCAAGGCCGUGCCGCUGCCUCCGCCAAGUGCCAGCUCUGUGAUCGUAGCCCCCCGGAACCAGCUGCUGUCCUGUGUGAGCAAUGCGAGGUGCUGUACUGCGCUGCCUGCCAGCUCAAGUGCCACCCAUCACGGGGCCCCUUUGCCAAGCACCACCUGGUUCCACCGCCCAGCCUGCAGGGUGCCCCCAGUGGUGAUGGUGGAAGCAACAGCAGUGGGGCAAGCAAGGCAGUGGCAGCAGUAGGAGUGGGGGCAGGGGGUGCCCGCAAAUUCCCCACAUGCACGGACCAUGAACUGGAAAACUACAGCAUGUACUGUGUGAGCUGCCGGAGCCCCGUGUGCUACCAGUGCCUGGAGGAUGGCAAGCACAGUAAGCAUGAAGUGAAAGCCCUGGGUGCCAUGUGGAAGCAGCACAAGGCACAGCUGUCUCAGGCUUUAAAUGGUGUUUCAGAUAAAGCAAAGGAAGCUAAAGAAUUUUUAGUUCAGCUGAAAAAUAUAUUGCAGCAGAUACAGGAAAAUGGCUUGGAAUAUGAAGCCUGUCUUGUUGCUCAGUGUGAUGCCCUAGUGGAUGCAUUAACUCGGCAAAAGGCAAAGCUGCUCACUAAAGUUACCAAAGAACGUGAGCACAAACUAAAGGUUGUUUGGGACCAGAUAAACCACUGUACCCUGAAGUUACGUCAGUCAACAGGGCUCAUGGAAUACUGUUUGGAAGUAAUCAAAGAGAACGAUCCUUCUGGGUUUUUACAGAUUUCAGAUGCUUUAAUCAAACGUGUUCAGGUGUCUCAGGAACAAUGGGUCAAAGGAGCCUUGGAACCAAAAGUAUCUGCUGAGUUUGACCUGACUCUGGAUAGUGAACCUUUACUGCAGUCAAUACACCAGCUGGAUUUUAUUCAGAUGAAAUGUAGGGUGCCACCAGUCCCACUGCUGCAACUGGAAAAGUGCUGCACCCGCAACAACAGUGUGACACUGGCCUGGAGGAUGCCACCCUUUAGCCACAACCCCGUGGAAGGUUAUAUCUUGGAACUUGAUGAUGGAGACGGCGGCCAAUUCCGCGAAGUGUACGUUGGCAAGGAGACACUAUGCACUAUUGAUGGCCUUCAUUUCAACAGUACCUACAAUGCAAGAGUCAAAGCUUUCAAUUCAUCAGGAGUUGGCCCUUACAGCAAGACAGUUGUUUUACAGACAUCUGACGUGGCCUGGUUCACCUUCGACCCUUCUUCAGCCCAUAGGGAUAUAGUCUUGUCAAAUGAUAACCAGACAGCCACUUGCAGUAGCUAUGAUGACCGUGUUGUUCUGGGCACAGCAGCAUUCUCCAAGGGAGUACAUUACUGGGAACUACAUGUGGACCGGUAUGAUAACCAUCCAGAUCCAGCAUUUGGAAUUGCCAGAAUUAAUGUAGUCAAGGACAUGAUGCUAGGGAAGGAUGACAAGGCAUGGGCCAUGUAUGUGGACAACAACCGGAGCUGGUUUAUGCACUGCAAUUCACACACCAAUCGGACAGAAGGGGGUGUUUCUAAAGGUGCCACUGUUGGUGUUCUCCUGGACCUAAAUAAGCAUAACCUGACCUUUUAUAUAAAUGGGCAGCAGCAAGGACCUACAGCAUUUGAAAAUGUGGAAGGGGUCUUCAUGCCUGCCUUGAGCCUCAACCGAAAUGUACAGGUAACUCUGCACACGGGACUGGAGGUGCCACAGAGUGUAAAACAGCUAAAGCUGCCCAGCAACUAGCUGAAUUCAUGCUGCCUAUAGCCAACCUGGAUUUUGUAGUCUUUCUAAAUGCUAUUUGCAUAUAUUGGUUAAAAAAAAAAAAAAAGCACUCAUCCCUAUAACAGCAGUUCUCAUGCUGGACUUUGAUCCCAGAGUGUUCUGAUAAUUAAAAUAAAUCUACAUCCCCCUCUUAAUUUUACACUGUUGACAAAUGUGGUUGUAGACUGAACAAAUGGGCUUGGAGCACUCAUAUACUUCAAUAUAAAUAUACUUGCAGCUCAGUGUAGAUGCCACACUCAUAUACUUCAAUAUAAAUAUACUUGCAGCGGUGUAGAUGCAAACAUAGGGUGACAGCUAAAAUGAGCAUAUUUUCCCUUUCAUACUUGGAUCUGUGCUCCCCAGGAUGAUAGUGAUGAAGGAAGAGAAGAUGAUCACUGAGGGGCCUCAGAGCAAUUUCCUGAGUGUUCUGAUGGAUUCUCUGUCCCUUGAAACCUUGAAUCAAGAGCAGAUACAUUUUUUAAAAGCUGAGCUACAGCUCAUACUGGAGUUGUGUGCUUGAUGUAGACACUUCUGGGGACAUUCUUUGGCUUGCAUUGAACAGAUCAGACCACGUUAUCACAACAAUCUCUUUUGUCUUGAAAACUGGUUAAAUUUAUGGAUUAAGCUCCUGCCGAAAUGAAUGGCAAAGCUCUCACUGACUUCAGUAGGAGCAAGACAAGGCUCAAAUUAGCUUUAUGCAAAACUUAUGCUCAUUUAAGUUGCACACAUUUUAGGUAGGAAUAAAAAGUACUCAAUAAAUCUUAGUGCUUUUUAUGUGACUGUAGUGGCUUUUUCUCUCACAAAUGGGAGCUCUUGCAGUGGGUACCAGCAGCAACCACCUCUUGAAAUGACAAUGGAGGAGAGUUCAUUGAAGUCAUCAGAGAUGUUCCAAAAUGGCUUAAAUAAAAUAUACUGUGUGGGGAAGAUCAUUAAUUUUUUUAGAGCCUGGGUUCUACUAGGUGCCAAGCACCUGUGGUGCUCAUGGAGUUGUGGCUAUGCAGCACCUCUCAGCAUCAAAGGCCUUAAUUUUCUCAAAUUAUCUUUAAACCUCUGGGUAAUCUGAAGAGGACUGUAGGUUUAUAACUAAUAUUACGUGAUCUGCUAGAUUCUGACCUAAGAAUCACCUGAUUCUUAACUUUGUUUUGUGCCUCAGAAAUGUUGUGGGUACCCCAAAUAAGGCAAUGAGGAGUAUUUUCAAAUGGAGUCUGAUUGGCCUAGAACCUUUAAUAGGCGUCUUAGAUUUUUUUCUCUCUCUCCCUCUCUCAACAAAGCAUGUGGAGGUAUGUGUUUGGUGAGGGGUAGGUGGCUGACUGAAUUAACUUAUAAUUGCAAGAUACAAAAGGAUAUACAGUUAUACUGCAUCUAAGACUCUAACCUCAUGAUCCAACCUAAUUGUGGUGCUAUUAGACCAAUGCACCACUGGCUGCUGCCUCCUAUUGUUCUGCUUUUUCUAUUCAUUCUAUUUACACACAACUGCUCUGUAUACAGAGAAAACACACAGGCACAUACACACACUUCAGUAUAUGUGUGGUUAAUAAACACUGCCCAAACUAUUUUUAAAUGAAAAUCUAUUUUACUGCCUUGGGUAAAGUCCUCCAGGGUAGGGUGGACUUCUGGCAGAUAGGCCCAUAGCUGCAGGCAUGCAUUUGAUUGCCAGCCAAAGCACAUCCCCAUUACUGGUCACAGCAAGUGACAGGAAGGCUUGACUGGGACAGAGGUCUUAGGCUUCUGACUGCAGGACAGGGGUUGUCAUAAUGAAUUGCCAUAGAUAAGGAACAUUAAACUAUGCAGAACUGAGCAGUAAGUGGUCUAUAAUCAUCUGUGCAGGGUGCCCAUCAUUACUCAAUCUUUCAGCUCCCCUCCCUCUAAGAAUAAAUGCAUCUUCUUUGAAUAACAGAAAAAACAAGACAACUCAAACUAUAAGUUUGAAAGCAACUGUAAUUUCCUCAGACUGAGAGAUAUUUUAUUAGUACAUUUUAUUUUUAAGGACUAGUAGUGACUGACUGUACUAAUUUUGGUUUGCUCAAAUUAGCAGAGACCAACUGUGGUUUGUUUCUUUGUUUUUCUUUGUCUGUUUAACGCCAUCUGAAUCUGUGCAGGAUUUUCUAGUUCAGUGGGGUCUAUUUUAAGCCUACCUCAGCUAGCAUGCUACUGGACCCCAAAUUUCCACUUGAGUGUUAUCACUGUAUAGUUGUCUUGUAAAGUUUUAACCAUAACCUUUCAACCAUCACCUAACAGACAGCAGAGCCUUGGAAUACUGUUUAAGCUGCAUAUAGAUUUUUAUAGUAGAAAAUGUCUCAUGGCAAUGUUAAUACAAGCAAGCACUCUACUUUUACUGUUCUUAUAAAAUAUGAAACAAAAAAGCACUGUUUAUAUCAGACAUAAGAACUGAACUUUUGUCUCUACUCACAAGAUCUGCGAAAUAAAAUUCAAAUCAAUUUUAAUCUAUCCAAUUUGCAGACAUUGCUGGAUGUUUAAAGUGGAUACUGAAAUGGGUUUAGAAUACUUUUUGAUACCUAUGUUGAUGUCAGUGAUGUUUUUCAUAGUUGCUUCUGUAUCAUUCCUUGUGUGUCACUCAGGGGAAAAUGCAGAGUGAUAUAGGUUUCCAAGAUCUAAUUUAACAUGAAUAGCAGGUCAGGGAACACUCCAGACUUAUGGAGGUACUCUUUCAACUGCUGCUGUCUGUACGUACUAGCUGAGUAAAAGUGUGAUGCACACUAGCUAAAACUGCAGUCUCCUUUUAACCUAGAGAAAAUGUGGAAAAGGUGGGCAGUUAGAAAUUGAAAUGCUGUAUUAAUAUUGCUAAUUUAAAUUUAAGUCCACAGAGGGUGUCUACUUUUGGUUAUGUAUCUGUUCAAGGACUUAGAUUCAUUAAGGUUCAUAGAACUAAAUCAAGUUGGCCUUAUGAAAUACAUUUUUUUUACAAGCUGAGUGAGGCUUAGCAGUUUGUCUAACAAUGACAAUGCUGAAAUAAUUAGAACUAGGCUAGGAGACUAAUUAUUCUGUGUUUGAAUACAAACGUGAAGCUCCCGUGACCUUCAAAAAGUACCUUAUUGGUGCAUGCACAGACAAAAUGUAUCUGUUCAAGACUAGCACAAUGUGAGAAGGAAUAGAGAAAAUUCACUCCUCUUUCCAGGUCUGAGGUCAUUUAUUCCACUGCCAGUAAAUCUCACCAGGGUCUUCAAGGUCUAAGCCUGGUUGGCUCAAGAGGUCUUUAUCUCGUCAUCAUCUGUGCACAGAGGGGAAAGAGUGCCUGUAGAAAAUGAGGGAGGGGAGGAAAAGAAUGAGAAGAGGGAGCCUUACCCUCAGACCAUGCUCCCUCUUUCCUUUCUUCCAUCUCCCUCUGGCACCUCCAAUAAACAUUGCAUGGGAAUAAUCAACCCUACGGAAGAAGUGAGGCUCCCUAAACUGGGAAGAGUCUUAUCUGUUAUAGUGCAGACUCCAGAAGAGAGUAGAAACUUAUUUACAGAGUUUAGAACAAGCAAUUUUAAAUUCUGUUAAGUAUAAAAGGGUCUUACUCCAGAAUCUAGGCUCUCAAAGCACGUCUGCCACUGGGGGGGGGAAGGUAUGGUUUGGAGAGUAAUGAGAAACCUUCUGUUUACCUUACACCCUGGGUGAUUUAGAAUUAACCUAUAUAAACUUUCUUCCUAUUCCUUUCCUCUACAAAUUCCCCAUUUUGUUUGGUAAAGCCAAUUAGGAAAAAAAAAUGUGGUCAGGAACAUUGUCAGAGCCACACAGUGGCUUCUAAAAUUCAGAAGAGACAGGUGAAAGAGCAUUAUCAUCUCCCAAUCUAUCCUAUGUAGUUAAGAUAUAUAAGGGAAAAGUAUAUUGGGCUGAACAAAAAAAAUUACCUAUAUCAGAGUUUAAGAGGAAAAGUGUUAACAUGUAAUUUAUUAUAUACAUAAUAUACCAUCAAAUUGUAAAUAAUGCCAUUGUAAUGUAUUGCUGUAGCUGGUUCUCAGUGGUGAUAGAGUUCUGUUGUAGUGCUGUAGGUGUGUUUUGUUUUUCAGGGUUUUUUUAAGUAUAGCUAGUAAAAAUGGCAAAGAGCACCUAAUAUCAUAGUUUCUUAGAUGUUCUAGAGCAAGAAGAAAUUGUGACACAUACAAUUGUUUUCUUCUACUUUAGUAUGGAUAUUUAAUACAACAGGUAAGGGAAAAAUUAGAUCAAGGCUAACCCACUACUAACAAAUAUAAGGCACUGUGUACGUUUGCGAUCAAGGAAUGGUGUAUCAUUUGCUCAGUGAGGUAAUGAAACAAAGCAGUUAGAUUUUGCCAAAUUUGCAGUGUCCUUUUAAUAGCAAGGCAAAGCCUUAAUCUUGGAACUUCAGUAUAGUUAAUAUAAAAUAUCUUGUCCAGAUCUUUUAUAGAAGAAAGAUUACAAUCUCUAUGAGUCCUUUAAACAGGCCGAAGUAAUAAAUCAAACACGAUAAAAACGGUACAAUACAAUGGAAACAGCCUCACUUGACACUGGGAGAAAAAUCCAAAUCAACAAAAAAAGAAAGACUCUUGUUUUAAAAGAAGUGAGCUGGAAGGUCUUGCUUUAUUGACAACACUUGUUUUCAGUUUAUCUGAUCAGCAAUACUGUGUGUCUGCAUGAAACCAGUAGAGUGGGAACUUUUAAGCACAAGUCCGUUUAAAAUAAAAUAAGAAUCUAGGAUUCUUACGUGCAGAAGCCCAGGCAAAUCACGGAGAACAGGUGUUGUAGGGCUUCUGCAUCCUUGCACACUGUAAAAGAUGAAUGUGUGUUUCACAGAAGUGGGUACUUGGUAGCAUUUGUCUCCUGGAACAAACAAGCCCCUGUUACAGCUGUGUUACUGCAAACAAAUCUGACUCAGCUAUACAAUAUUACAAAUCAGCAAGUCUGAAUGCUUUCAGGAUACAGAUUGUAUUCUUACACUUCAGUACAAUUGUAACCAUGGUGUUAGCCCACAAUGAGCUUCCGUAAUUGUUGUUAAUGAAAAUACCAACCUUCUUAAGUGAGUAAAAUGAAAGCACGACCAGGAGAUAUAAUGUGAUGAAAUGUUAGAAUAAAUGCAUGGGGUAGAACUGUCUUUUCUCCAAUUGUUAUGUGCAGCAUGAAAGAUGUUAAUUUAAAAUGUUGGCAAAAACAAAAAGUGCAAAGGAAUGAAAUAAGUGUUCAUUUCCUGUUGAAUGAAAGACAAACUUUAUUCUUCUCCCUGACCAUGACAUUUUUACUUUAUUGUCACUUCUCAUAAUUAUGAUCAGUUUGGAGCUGGUGGAAUAAACGUUCCUUCUGUACGUGUCUGCCCCCAGAUCAAGAGGAAAAAAUAAACUUUUUCUAAUUUUGUACCUGUAGCAAAAAUUUGUAUUUUUUGAAUUGGAAACAAACUGCUUUUUGUCUUUUCAGUGUAAGUCAAACUUUGUGUAUUAUUACCCUUUUGGAAAACCUGAAGUAUUAGUUUUUGCUGUUUUACAGUUUUUAAAUAAAUUCUUAACGCAUUGCCAACAAAUGCAGACAGUACCUGGUUUCUUAUUAUUGAUA